UAUACGUAGACGUAGUUUUUGUACUACAAACAAUAGUUUACUUGUUAUCAGGAAGCCUUGGUGGCUAUUAAAAGUAUUAAGAAUGCUGCUAGAAAAUGAUGCGUUCCUUACUGAGUUGACAAAACUAUUUCUUAAGGGAAAAAAUACAGGAUCUGUCACUAUGACAUUGAAGAGAUAUGAUGGCCGUACCAAACCUAAGCCAAGAAAUGGAAACCUGCCCGAACCAAAUGAAUAUAAAUGUUUAGUCAGAGCUGCUUUGGGAAACAAAAAAAUUACAACAGUUAUUAAUCACAAAGAUGUAACAAAGUUUCAGAUGGCAUAUGGCAAUCUUUUGAAGGCAAACAUGGAUGGACUUAAAAAGAAAGAUAAAAAAGCUGCUCGAGGAAGAAAGAAAACUAAAGCCACGCAAUAAUUUUUCUUGAAUAUUCAUUUUAUUUAUUUUAAGUACUUUUUCAAGAGGAUGAAAUCAAAUGACAGUGGAUGACUUCAUAUGUUGAAAGAAUGGCAAGCUCUAGUAUAUAAAAUCUGUAAAUAAAUUGGUGUUGGCUGUUAUUCUUUUUGUAUGUUAUAUUGCAUUUAUGGAACUGAAUGUUUGGUACAAAAAUUAUAAGUGUCUAUAUAGCCAUACAAAGAAGUAUGAUUGAGGUACUUAAUACUAGAGAAAUUGGCUAAUGAGUGUGUCAGCGAGGUGGUGGUAUUUUCUUAUUCUUCAUACAAAUUCUUUUACUCUCACAUCUGCAUUGUUAUCAUCUUGGUAAAUAAAGCAUGUUUUGUAUUAUUUUUUUUGAUGUCUCAAAUGGUUGACUUGUGAAAGUCUAAAUGUUGAGCUUAUUAUUUCAACUUAAAUUUUAUUCAGCACUUCAAACACUAUCACUUUACUUACUUGAACAGACAUGACUGCGAGAAUAUUUGUAACUAAUAGUUAACUAUAGUUACUGACUAGUAUGUUUUUAGAUUAAAUAGCUGUCCAAUGGGUGCUGGUUUGGUGACCCUUAUGGAAAAUUUUAAGAUCUACCCAUGAUUGUUACUUCAUUGUUUAAUGUUUUGCAUUCUUAAAUAAAUUGACAUUUAACCUGUU